AUGUUUAAGCAAUCAUAUCUCCUGCCAUACAACUGUCUACAGUCCCUCCAAGCCUCAAUAAAAGCCUCAACGACGUCACCAUCUUCGCAUCGUAGCUCGGUCUACAAACCUCUCCACCGACCACCAUGCCGUACGUAUGCCAUGGUGUCCGACGGCUACAGUAGUCACAACCACGGAAAUCUUCGCUGGCCUGAAGUUACCUCCGCAAAUGCUGUACCAACUCCUUACCAGAUUUUCAAUCAAAAGAAAGGAUCACCGUAUUCCAAGCAGAGAUUCUAUGAGCUUGUCAAAAUAUACCACCCUGAUCGCCAUGACCAUGGUACUUCACGCAACGAGCUCCCAUAUGCUACGAAACUAGAACGCUAUCGACUUGUUGUAGCCGCCAAUGAUCUGCUCUCCGAUCCCGUCAAACGAGGGGCAUACGACCGCUAUGGUGCGGGAUGGAAUGGAAUGCCAGGCGUUGACCGAAGUACUGCAAGUUCUUGGGGAGAUGCGCGUGGUAGAGGUUGGGGGAGUGACCCAAAUGGUCCUAGCAAUAAUGCUACAUGGGAAGACUGGGAACGGUGGUAUGCUCGCAAUGCUGAAGGUCCUCAGGAACCACGAUUCGUUUCGAAUGGAACCUUUGUCGUUCUUAUUGUUGCAUUUAUGAUCAUUGGAGGAAUAGGACAAGCACAUCGUGCGGAAAACUUUUCCAUCAACUUCCUGGAACAGCGAGACGGGCUGCACAAUACCAUUUCCAAGGACCUAAUGCGUCGACGAAGAGAAACAGCUAGCGUAGGAAAUCGAGAAGAGAGAAUCACUAAUUUUCUCAAGCAGAGAGAUCCCUUAGGGCAAGGCUUGUUAGAUCCAAGAGAUGAGGGAUACCGUAAAAUGCUACCCGCUCCUGGAGUUGCCUCUAAGGAUAUUAAAUCGACUCCAACAGAAAGUCACGGAAAGAACAUUGGUAUAAAGGAUGGAUGA